AUGUGGUACAAAUCUGAGGAGCAUGCCUUCAUUGUUGCUGUCUUGCAAAUGAUGAACGGUGGGCAACAGAUUGUGGGUGGUGAUCUUGCUUACUUUUUCACUCUUCUCUACAAUGCGAAGUUGAGAAAUUGGAAAAUUUUGUUUCAUGUUUACGGUGCUCUCACAGUGGUUUGGGGGACUUUUGUCUUGUACUGA